AUGAAUGCCCAAUCACAUCCACAAAUCAACAGACAUUUUCAGCAACUCCAACAGGCAGACGCCGCAAACCCACAGAUUCACCACCCGCAGAUGAUCCAAACAGCACAAAAUACCCCGUCAAAUUCUGUUCAGAAUGUAAGGUCUGAUCCAAACAACGUCCAAAAGCAAAUGCACGAGUUUCAAAGAUUGCAAGUUAUGCUGAGACAUAUUCAGCAGCAAAGACAAAGACAACAACAGCAACAACAACGAAGACAACAACUUAUACAACAAAUACAAGCAAUACAGAGAUCUAGGACACAACAGAAUCCUAAUGUUCAGGCAGGUGGUUCUAACCACGCUUCCAAAAUUAACCAAAUGGAGAAAAUGAUACGUGAAAUGAUGAAAUACAGAGAUCAGCUGAAAAAGGAAGCUGCUUUUAGACAAAAGACAAGACAGAUCGCCGCAACAAACAUGUUAAAUAAAGAAGCUAUUCCUACAGCAGAUGUUAAGUCUGGACCAUCGAUUUUAGUUAUGAGUAACGAUGUCGUAACUGAAAUUCCAGUAACAACAACAAAGAAACCAAAUGGUAGUCAUGGGCAAAGUAUGAUAGUUUUUGCAAAAACAGCCAAUAUUCAUUCCAAUGUUGAUUCACAACAUAAUGGCCAGAGACAACCUCCUGAACAACCACAGCAGCAACUCCAAACAACUACACCACAAUCCGUACAUUUACAGAAUCCUGGUCCUCUUUCUCCUCAGCAGAUCACAGGAAAUUCUCGCUUUAAUACCAUGAACGAAAAAUCUGGACUCAUACAUUGGCAGCAACAACAAAACCAACAACAGCAACAUAGAUCAGAAAAGCAAAACAUUGGACAAGAAAACACUCAAGAAUAUGUCAGACAGCCUCUUGGUAAUAUUCAAGUAGCACACUCUCAGAAUAAUCUACCCGAACGGGUGCAUCAGUCUCAACAAGAAUUUACCGGCUCAAUUCCGAAGUCUUUCUUUCCAAAUGAAAAUGCAAAAAUAUUUAAUCAAAAUACAAAUAACCAAAACAAGCAAUCAACAAAUUUAAAUGAGAUUCAAACUUCUCCAAAUAAUAAUCACAUGCGUCAAACUAUCCAUCAGAGCAGAAAUGAGGGAGUAUGGCAAAAUAAUAACCCAAACGCUCGUGUUUCUAAUCCUGAGCUUCCUCGUCAAAGAUUACAAGCAUUGCAGAAUGGAAAUCAAAAUCCAGUCCGACGCCAUCAUAAUCAUGAACCAAAUACAAAUCAACUUUUGCAUGAGAAAAAUAUUCUAAUACCCGCUACAAAUCAACCUACUCAGUUGGAUCUACCACCAUUAGGCAUGAUAAGUAAAAUUAAGCCAGCAAAUAAUAACAAUAAUGGAAAUCUCAAAAUGCAGCUUCCAACGCUUGGAAUGAUUUCAUUGAACAAUCAAAGACCUAUUGUGCAAGUAGAUCCAGCAUCAAACAGCAAUGGUUUACGUAGAAACGGUCCAAAUGACCCAAUGCAAAGAAAUCUCCAUGAAGUCGGAAAUAAGGAUUCACAUAGCAAUCCCUCAAGAAUGCAAGUGCCAAAGUUCAAUCAGAAUAAGAAAAGUAACAACAUUCCAUUUCUUGCUUCAACAGAACAACCAAGGAAUUGGCAGCAUAAUGUGCAAAAAGUUCGACACAAUAUCCAUUUUCCAACGACUUCUGCACCACUUCAAAAUUUACAAAUUAGCAGUGAAUUCCAUAAAAAUAACAAUGCACCAACACCAAGAAUAAAUAGACAACUUUUCAAACGCCCACCAAGACCAAGACCAGCUCCAACAACCCAGGCUACUAAUCCUCAUAAUUUCAUUUCUAAAAGCCAUCAUAGAUCAAUGCAGUCUGAGAUAUAUCAAACAGCUCCCCAAACUGUACCGCCGACGAUUGUUACAGAGCCACCACAACCGUUCAUUCAAACAACGCCCAAUUACAUUCCCAUUACAACUCCAAAACCUACUUUUAACAAUUACUUUAAUAGAAUGUCACGAAGGCGACCAGAAAAGGUUAGGAUAAGCUUUCGAAGACCUCAUCUUCAAAGAAAAGUAGUUCUUACGCCACCUCCUGUUAUUUCUACUCAACCCAAUUAUCCUACAGAGGCUGUAAUAUCUACUCAACCUAAUUUUCACCCGGAACCUACACAAAUUCCACAAUACCAACAAAGAAUAGAACAAGUGCCGUCCAUGCCUCCCCCACUUCCUACAGUAGAACAAGUGAAUAAUAUUCAAAUGAACCGAGUUAACAACAUGCCACUACAACAAAUAACAACUGAAGUACCAAAUAUUAGAUUCCAUACAACUACAGCUACUCCAUCAAUAUACCAGAAUCCGGAGAGAAAUUUUCAGAAUAAUAGAAACCAAAGGCACUACGCAUAUCCUGGUCAAUUCCGAAGCCAAAACAUAAACCAAAAUCAAAUUCACAACAAUAAUCUUCAACAACAGACAACUCCAGUUUCCCUUCAAUUGAGUCAUCUUCAGCAGUGGGAAUCUGAAAGGAAGAUAAACAAUAGAAUUUCACCCUUAAAUCAAGAACCUGGGUCUAGGGGUUCAAACUUUCAAAGAAGCAUUCCGAUUACUACAACAGAAAAACCACGAAUUCUUCCUGUUCCGAGACAACAGAGAGAAAAUCCUCUUGCAAAACUUUUAAAACUUCUUCAGCGCAAGUCACCGUCAAUAAAAUUUGCUUCAGACAGACGAAAUAGACAACGUCCACCCAAGGCACACGUAACACAGGAAAACAGUAGACGAAAUCGUCCUAGACCAACUAGACCACCAAUGCAAAAACGAACCCAACGUCCACCUGUAUCUUUACCAGUCCAUCCAAUAAAGAACAGCUACCCUUUUAAUGGUCAUACAUUUUCCCCAAUGACAAAACCAACACAGAUUCCUAUUAGCAAUAGGUGGUCACACCGAACAUUGCCAACAGCCAUCCCAGCUACAUCAACAAUCAAACAUAGAGUUCAGGAAAACUUCAGACGUUUCGAAGUUUCGCCAUUUUCUACAAGUUUUCCUGUAAAUAACCAUAGACGUCGACAACCAACAAGUGUUCCCUCAGUGCAAAAUAUCACCCCUGCACCAACAAUGACACCAGUAAGAAACAACAUACCUCCUCCAAUUCCUCCUUCAUCAGGAAGACUUCCUUUGAAUGGAAACACUCCGGGAAAUAAACGAAACCAGAAUUCUAAUCUAAAUAGAGUCAAUCAAAAACGGCAUAAAAUAAAGUCAGUAAUUAAUCCUGCUAAUCCAAUCAACCCUGCUCAGUUGCUAAUUGCUGCAUUGAUUCAAGCCCUUCAAAGUGGAAAUUUACUUAAACAGCUUCAACUACAGCAAAGGAGACAAUUUUCCCAAAAUAGUCAGCUGCAUUCCUCACAGCAACAUCAACAUUUCCAAGAGCAACAAGCGAGCAAUAGCAAUCAAAACAACAAUCAAGGACAGAUGGACUCUCAACGUAAUCUAAAUCAGGAGCAGAAUAUCCCUGAAAUUCAUCACACAUGGAACCAAAAUGAAAAUUCUCAAAGAUCUUUAGAAAAUAAAAACCAAUUUGUCGAACAACCUCAGGUAGCAAGAUUGAAUCCAGAAAAACAGAGUACACGGUCCAAAGAUAUGCCUGACUUAAGUAUGCUCCAGGGACAAGAAAUUGAAUUUACAGAUGUAAACACUGGAUUUGGAGGUGAGUCACCACCGCCAGUAAUUAUCCAAAGAAUACCAAAGACGUCAAGAUCCAGACAAACAAAUAAUUCAAACGGAAAUUCAAACGGGGUGUCAUAUGAAUUUCCAAGGAUGGCUUUGCAUGAGAAUAGUGCUGUUGUUGUACAGACCCAAAAUGGUGAUAACGACGACCUCUCGAAUUCAACGUUGGAAAUAAAUGGUACGAUAAAUUCAAAUUCCACCAAUGAUAUAAUUUAUGAAGACGAAGAUAAAUCACAUUUAAAUCUUCCUAAAUUGUCAACCAUAUUUCCUAAUGAAAACAGCAUUAAAUCAACCGAUGAUUCACGUUCCUUUUCUAAAUCAACUACCCCGAUGACGGUUACACGAAAAUUACAUAUUCCCAGCACUGAAAAAGAGAUAAUGGACGAUAAAAAGAUGGAAGAUGAAUUUGAGGAUAAAAAAGGAGAAUCUGUAGACUUUUCACACAAAGACGAUGAUAAAAAGCCACUGAAUAUGCUUUUACCUAGUAUGACAUCACUACUUCCUGAAGUUGAUUACCCGGAAACAAACACCCCUCCUCCUUUAUUUGGUAUAAAAAGGGAUCGGACAUCUGCGUCUCCUUUACUCGAUGAUAACAAAAACAACUUUGAGGAUUCCGAAAAUGUAGCCAAGGAAUCUAUAUUAUCGACAAAAAGUCAUAUCAAAGAUUAUAUCACAACACAAGCAGCAGUGACUACAAGCGAGUCAACAGCAAAUAAAUCAACCAGUUCUCAAAUAUCACCUACUCAAUCAAUGACUUCAACAACAGCUGCCCCUACAUUAUCGUCAAUAAAUUCCCCUUCAAGAGAAGUCACAACACAUUUCACAGAAACAACAUCAACUAUUAACGAAUUUGGAUCUAUUUUAACAACACAAUCUUUCGUCGCCGAGCCCAUUAAACUCACAGACAGCGAUGACCAGGAGGACACGACUACUAGAACAUUAAAAGCAACCCCAACAUCGAGUCCGAGAAUGGAAUCAACAAUUUCAAUAGCAACAACACAUGGUCAAAUCGUGGAAAAAAUAACUCAAUUACCAAUACCAACAAUCAAUCCGACUACAGUGACAACAACAUCCAAAACAACACCACCGGUAACAACAACAUUAACUUCUAUCUUCAAAUCUACACAAGAAUCAGUUGAAAGAAAACCUUUUUCCUCAACAACUCAGAAAAUGUCAGAUGAUUACUUGUCUAAAUCUGGAACAAUUUCAAGUCCAUCGCCACAUAUUAGUGACGAUGUUGAUUUUAGAGAUGUAUUUCCAAAAAGAUCCGGGUUGAAUUCCGUCCACUUAAAUCCAAACAAAACAAAUAAACUUGACAAAACUUCUGCUUAUAAAUCAACAACAUCCUCAUAUCUCUCACCUUUGAGUUUAGAAGAUAAAGACACUUUUACGGAAUCGUUCCGAUUACGUCACGCGCCUGAGAUGUGGACUGAAAAGGGAAGGAAAAUUGAAGCAGUGACAGCGCUGCAUCAACAAACAACAACACCUACAAUAUCUACAACCGAAGAAUUAAAUACAAAAUAUCAACCAUUAACAACAACAAUGCAGAUGACAACAGGGGGCACAGAUCCUUUUUUUUACUUGACAACUAUUGAUUAUCGCCACUUAUACCCAGAAUUAUUUGGAUUAAUACCGAUAUUCCAUGAGCCCAAGAUAAAAGAAUCUUACACUAAACUUCCAUCCCCUCAAAAUGAGCCCACAACCACUUCAACUCAGUCACUAGAAACUACCACAACAAGUACAACAACUACUUUUCUUCCAACAACAACAUUUUUACCGACAACGACAACAUCUAGUACAACAACUUUACCAGUGACUACUACAACAAGCACAACAACAUCAACUACGCAACCACCAACUAAACAACCGGGGACUACAAAAGCAACAACUGUAAAACCUAUUCCAGUUAACGUUAAAGAAACAUACACGUUCGAUCAUAAUUUCGAUACUAUGUCUUUUACUUUCCCAACAACUAUUGAUUACAGAGAUCUUUUCGCUGAAAUGUUUGGAAGAAAACCAUCUCCCAGAAUAUAUGGAACAAAGGGAUUUUCAAAUAAACAAGUUAAUAACCCCAUCCCAACGACAAAAGAACCUGUUGCUGACAAAAAUAAUUUUAACAGAGUGCAGAAAGAUACAUAUAUCGGAAUGUCACUCGAGGAUUCAAGGAUGCAUAUUAAAUCCACAAACAUCUCGCCUACCUCAUCAUCCACUAACCAAAACCCUAUCAAGGUGUCUUUAAAGAAGCAAACACUGUCAAAUGAAUUAAAUAAUGUUAAGGCUGCAGAUGAGUAUCCUGAAUCAUUUGUGUCUAACAGUCUAAAUGGUGGCUUAAGGUAUCCACAAAAUGUCCCCUCUACAACACCUAGAAUUGUGAAAAUUUUAGGUGGAGAUAUUGUUCGUACUACAGCACAAAGUCUCUCAGCAAAACAUACACAAAGACGAACAGAAAACCAUAUUUCUGACUUCGUCCAAGACAGUAAUGCAGGGCAACUGUCGCAAAUGAAUCUUGUACAGCCAAGUCAAAAGAUACAAAGAAAAACAGGCAAUGACAUUUUGCUAGAACCCACAUCUCAGAGCCGUUUUGAUGUCGUUGAUAUACCUUACAAUCCAAAUCUCGACCGUGCAGCCACUUUACUUUCGGGAAGCAAAGUUCCAAAUCACGUUGUGAAACCUAAAGUUGCCAGCACAUUUCAGACACCUGUUGAGAAAUCAGUAACUAGGGAACCAGAAAAUGUUAUCAAUCUUGAGUUAUUCAGUACCAAUUCAUUGGCAGCAAAUCCCAGCAGGGGUCAGGCGCAGCAAUCAAAUUCGGUCAACGAUAUCGCCGACGUUUCUACACAGCUUGACUCUCUUCUAAGUGCCCUGGGCAGUGAUAUCAUUAUUCAUGAACAGAAAAGCACUGAUGGCCAUGUUCAAUAUAAAAUUGAAGGGGGAAACAAAGAUGUCCCUGCAUUUGUUUUACGAACAGGUUACAAAUGGGACGAAACAUUGGGAUAG